CGCGCUCUCACUCAAGCACCCCCGCACUGCUUCGGAGAGAACCACAUUUGAAGCUGACAGACUCUCCUGUCAUGAUGUGGUGUCUCUUGGCCCUGCUGUUGUCCGUCCCCGCUGUAAUUUCCCAAACUGAUGCAUGCGGGCUGUGCGUUGUGGAAAGAUGUCCCCACCCUUCGAACUGUCUCGCUGGCGUUGUCAGGGACCACUGCGGUUGCUGUAUGGUCUGUGGUGAACGGGAGGGCUCCCGAUGCUUCCACGAAGACGUGCCGGACAGUGGUGGCCUUUUGCCUUGCGGAGAAGGUCUGAAGUGUCGACGUCGAACAGACUUGGCUCCUGGAGAUCUAGACGAAGCUCUGUGCGUAUGCGCAGACCCAGAGCCGGUGUGCGGGUCGAAUGGCAAGACGUACGACAACAUCUGUCAGUUGACAGUUGCUCGGUACGGACUUAGGAACGGCCUCACCGUGACGUCUAGGGGACCAUGUUCGGAAGCUCCUGUGAUCCUGUCACGCCCUGAAAACACGAGCAACUACACCGGUGGACGAGCAGCCAUUUCCUGCGAGGUGAAGGGCUGGCCGGUGCCCACUGUAGAAUGGAAAGUGGACCGCGGCAACGGACGGCUCAUUCCGCUUCCGACCGACAGUCCUCGCAUCAGCGUGCAGAGCCGAGGUGGCCCCAGCAACUACGAGGUGACCAGUUGGCUGCAGCUGCUCGACGUGGAGAGAGACGAUAGUGGGUCCUAUUACUGCGUUGCUUCAAACAGAGAAGGGCAGGCUUCGGCGUCCGCCAAGCUGAACGUCAUCUAGGGUGUCAGCCACAGGACAGUGUCAAUUUUUUUUUUUUUUUUUCGGACGCAUCUUGACGCAGCCGCUGAUGUUGACCGUGGCCCAGAAUAGCAAGUGAUCCGCUAGCAGUUCUUCGUACUCGGAAAAAAAAAAACCGCCAGGGUAUACUGACCUGGAAAGGAAUGACCUCCACGUUCUGGAGGCAUCCCACGCCUGUGGGACGUCGCUGACGUUUGUUCAGCUUGACGCGACUUUCGACGUGCUAAAGGCUGCAUUGUUUUUAAAUAUAUCGUUCACACGUUUCGUUGCCUCUGUUAGCUGUUUUUGUUUGGCGCAAUAAAUAUCUGCUGAA